UUCUUCUCCUCUUCUCCCUGCAGGCACCUCAUUGGGUCUUUCUUCCGGCCCUGUGCGCGCAGGGCGAAAUUCGCAUCAUUCGACCACUUUUUGUAUCGUGCUUACAGUGGAUAGAGCGAGGAAAUUUCCUCAUUCGGAAGAUGUGCUCCCGGCGUGAACAUCAUGCGAGUGUGGUCAAGUCGGUAUAUGACGAUCCUCCACUACGGCACAUGGAAUUAAAGUCUAGUUUUAGAGAGACAAAAGGAAGCAGACGAAUUCUCGAAGCACAUAGUCUGACCGUUCCACGGUCCGCAUUUCCAGCAUAAUUAUCUACACUCAAAGAUUCUCCCUGGUCGUCAUGGGUUCUCCCAUAAGGCUGCUGCCUGCAAUAUUUUCUAUCUUCAUUGCUCUGGUGCGACUCACUUUUGCAGAAGACGCAUGCAGCUACUGCUACAUUACUCAACACAUCGACCAUUUCGGGAAACACAAUGGGUCCUUCCAACAACGAUAUUCAAUGAUAACGGAGUACUUCAAGCCAGGGAGACCCAUUUUGUUCUUCCAAGGAGAAGAGACAGAUACCUUGGAUUGCGCGAACGCCACCAUACUCUAUGAGUGGGCUCAGGAGCUCGGUGGUAUGGUGGUUAACCUUGAACACCGCUAUUUUGGGCACUCCAAGCCCUUUGGGAAUGCUUCGGCAACAAAUGAGAAUCUAAAAUUCCUAACGCUCGACAACGUAAUGGCCGAUGCCGUGGAGUUCGUUAGCCAGAUGCAGAAGAAUUUUACCUGGGCAGCGAAGAGCAAAGCAGUCGCUGCAAGCGGAUCAUAUGGUGGCUUCCUCGUUACUGCUUUUCGAAUGAAUUAUCCAGACACAUUCGAUAUCGCGCUGAAUGCUGCGGGCCCCGUAACUGGCUUCGGAGACAUCUCAGACCCGACUUCUUAUAACUGGUGGAAUUGGAUAAAUCAAAUAUAUCUAGACCACUCAGUUGUAGCGUCCAAGAACAUCAGUAACGCUUUCUUGCACCUCGGCGAGCGACUAGUUUCAAAUGACACCACUUCCCUGCAAGAAGAUUUUCGUCUGUGCACCCCGUUUAUUCCGGGCAACGCAACCCAGAUCACGGGUCUGAGAGACUUGUUGCUGCAAGUUUUUAUCUUGGCACCCGAGUUCAACUAUCCGUACGCCAGCCCCGGCCGCACCCCGAUCGCACUGCCCUUGUCUGAGACGCUUAACUUUGCGGUCAACCAAACGGAUCCGAUCGAGCUGCUAGCAAAAGUAAACUGGAUGUGGUAUGGCCCACUAGGUGCGGAAUGUUUGGACCUCGAACAUUGGGCAGACUUCUUCAAGAACGUAGCUGUCCCGGCAAUUAACUAUGAGUACUUUUCUUACAUCUCUUGCACCUACGACCCAAUGCGUUCGACUGGAUACAUCUCGAACCUUACGAUAUUCCCUGAGCGAGCUGCCAACGGCACCACGCAAAAUAUUGCCUGCGAAUUCAAGUAUGGAACUCCCACUCUCACCAAGGCACAGAUCGAGUCGCGGUAUCACCUUUCGCCAGCCGAGCUGCAGAACUCGACCCACAUCAUUUUCAGCAAAGGAGAGUAUGAUCCUAAUGGAGCUAUGGAGCCAUCGGCGCUGCCUCUCACUGCGAAUGGCGCCACAAGUCGCGUUUUGUACGCUAUCGAUAUGGCGCAUCGGGAGGAUCUGUUCAGGUCGGAUGAGAGGGAUCGAGAGAGUACCACGCUGCUUCGGCGUCAAGAGCUCGAGAUCAUUAAGGGCUGGCUAGAAGUUGACAUCUAG